AUGGAGCUCAACGUUUGGCUCAGAAUCAGUUGCUGUGCAAAAAUAAAUAGUUUACAAUUAAUUAAAAAAAGGAAACCUCUCCACUGCAUGUCCAAGAGGAACUUCAAACGAUAUUUAGAAACCGAAAAGAAAUUAAAUUGUAUAAAGGAUCCAAUGUUGUCAAAUAAUGUAAGAAUCAAUAAAUCUUUCAAUAAUUUAACUUCUCAGGAAUCUCAGCCUUCAUUAACUAGUUCCUGUACUGAAACGACCAAUAACAUUACAUUAUAUCCUACACCAAUUGAUUUACAAUUUUCGGAUGAUAUAAAUAAUGUUAAUAAUGAUGCUGCUAAUACCCCUAAAACUAUAUUAAAUAAAAAUAAUGUUACCCUUAAAGAUAAAUUAUGUAAACUUAUAUCAGAUUAUCAUAUAUCUCAUAAUUGUGUCAAUGAACUUUUACAAAUAUUGAGAUCUGAAGAUCUUGACUUGCCAAAAGAUGUUAGAACUUUACUAAAAACUCCAAAAACUCACGAAAUUAUUAAUGUAUAUCCUGGAUCUUACAUCCAUAUUGGAGUAGAGUAUAUGGUAUCACCUAUUUUGGUUGCUUAUUUUGAUAAAUUAAAAUGUACUAAUCUAAUACAAUUAAGUAUUAAUAUUGAUGGCUUACCAAUCACCAAAAACUCCAAGUCUACCUUAUGGCCAAUAUUAAUUUCUUUUGUUAACAUAGUCGAUUUAAAACAUAUGUAUAGGUUGAUGGUUCCAAGAGGCCAGAAUUCCAGUUUUCGUUUUGCCCUCGAUGGCGGUCAAAGUGGCAAAACUGAUGUCUGA